ACACCAUUUCCAUUGUGCAAGAAAAAACGAGAAUGGCCAAAAAGAAGUCAAGUGGAAACAGCAAUGUCAAGUCGAAGACAAAACCAAAAAACGUCGUCUCACGAAGAUCAAACCCGAAACUAGUUUCUUCUCCUGCAAUUUCUUAUGACGCGAACGUAAAGGUCUAUUUUCUUAUUGGCAUAAUUGCAGCUUCGGCUGCUAUUCUAAAGAAAUAUAUGCUGGUACAUAAACUUGAUUUGAGACAUGCGUCCGCAAUCCAAGAUCCCAUCAAUCUCGAUUCGUCUCUUCAAAGUCUGGUCCAUUUGGCUUGUCAAAACGGGAACUGCGAGGAAGAUGUUCUAUUUGCGAGGAAUGGAAGUCUAUUUUCAGGACGGAGACUGGAAAAGCAAUCUAAAUUAUUCGAAAUCCACAGAGAGAUGCAAAUCUGGACACUAGAUGCCUUUCGUGACGAUUUCGUAAAAAAGAAUCUAGUCGGAGUAAGGCAUUUAAAGACAAACGCAUUUUUAAGUGAGGAGGCGUUCCUUGCUGCAUACAUUGCAAUGCUGUUAAAGAGACAUAUCUCAAAACACAAUCCGUUUGAUAAUGAGCGGAAGCAUACAAUUUCUUCCAUCUAUUUGGAAAAUUUACCAACUUAUGACGAUUUUAGACAGCAUCAUCCUGUCACAUUUGAUCAGAUAGAAUUGGCGUCACUAUAUGGCUCUCACACCCAUAUCUACUUCAUAGUUUCACGGAAAAAAGAAGAAAUCAAAUCUGAGUACGAAGCAUUUGCUCGUUCUUCUACUGAGUUCGAAAAUUUUAUAUCUUUUCAUGAAUACGUUGCAGCACGUCUAAAUGUUCAAACUAGAGCUUUUGAAGUUGGUUCGAUAAGUGAUGAAGAUGCUCCGCUCAAGGAAGUCGAAUGGUACAAGAAGCAAUUUGGAGUUGACAUAAAGGGAAAAGCCAGAGCGAUGGUUCCCGUUUUGGAUGCGUUCAGCUCAAACGAUAAAAAACGCAACAUGAAAUAUCAAUAUGAUCCAGAAUCCAAAAAAUUCGCUGCUUUCGCUAGUAAAAGCAUUAGGAAAGGGGCCGAGCUAUUCGGUACGCAAGGCGACAGGGCGGAGUAAGUGAAUACGAAUGUAUAAUAUCUGGCAUUUUCUUCUGUAUUAAAUUUGCGGAGGUCUUAGUUCGUACUAACUCUUCUCAAUGUCUAUUCUCAUGUUUGAAAGUCUUUACCCAAAAUUUGGUUUCGUAAACGGAGAGUAUUCGGAACGCACAUCUGUCCGUUUAGGAUCUCAUCAGGUCAUCGAUGUGAGAAUUGUACCCGAGAAAACGUACAUGGAAGCUCAGAAAUACCAAAUCAUCACGUAUCUACAGCAAGAUGAUGGAUAUAGUGUAUGUGAAAGAGUGCACUAUGUUUGGUUAACUGGUCAUCACAAAAGUAUGCACUUCAUGCCCAUUAUAUUGUGAAAAUUCUCGCUGACGUUGACUUAUUUAUUUUCGUGUCUCUGAUUGGUUUUAGGAAUGUGUUACUGAUGGGGAUUUAUUAGCAUUGAGGUUCAAACGUUUGAAGCGCAAGGCAUUGUUAUCAAUCGUAAAUAGGUACGAGGAUUGGGUUGUUUCCUUUCCUGCUCUUGACCGAAGCAUGAAUAGCAACGGAAAAUUACAAAUUUCUGUUGAUUCAGGUGUGAGCCAAAUUAUCUCCACUUGUAGACUUCUCGCGCUAUCGCAUCAUGAUUAUGACGGAGAUGCUCACGAUGUAUUGGAAGCCGCAGUUCAGGAAAUGGAGUCUAACCAUGAUAAAGACACCCAUGAUAAAGGUCUUCUUUUGAAAAGUGGCAGUGAUGGCCUUGAAUACCGCGCGUUAGUUUGGGUAUGGCGAUUAGCUGCUUAUAGUCUGAAUCAAUACUGUGGCGCCUACGAAGACUGGGUGUGCUCGAAAGCCGAGCACUCUGAAAUGGAAGAGUUAGAAAAGUAUAGUAAGGAAUGGUAUGCAGCCUAUGUUCGUUACCAAGAAAUCGUCACGCUCGAGACUCUAAAGGAAUUUGCCCAGCAGUCGCAACUCGCAUACACAAAGAAAGAACAUUACGAUUCUGAAGCAGAUGAGUUUUUCUUCCGCAGUACAUUGUGUCCUGUAGAUACACCAGGCUUGAAAAAUUUGAUCUAUGAAUAGGAUUAUGAUAGGAGAAAAUAAUUGCGCAGACACCAUGGUUUGUUUUAUACGAAUGAAAACUUAUCAGUUUCAUGUGUAUCUUCUUGGGCUAGAGGAAUAUGAAUGAAAGUAGGAAAAGGGAAGUAUAUAAUAUCAUAUUGUAUGAAUGCAGCAGUGAUAAUUAUUUUGAUUUUUGGUUCGCGGUAUUUUGAAGACACGUAAUGAAUUAACUUAACAAGAACAGAUCGUGCACCACCACAAUCAAACCACUCUUUUGGAAACGCGAUGACAGCCAAAUGUUCUCUUUCGAAUGUGGCUUUCUGAUUUCCAAUUGCAGAUAGCUCUCCUUUGCUCUUUUCGUUACUACGAAAAUCAGCACGUUAUAGAAUUUUUUCACCACAAAUUAUCGUGUUCUCAAUUUACAUCGUUCUCGUUCAUUUUGUAGCGACGAAUAUUUCCGAAGAAAGCCUUCAAUCCAGGUGCACUUUGAAACAUGAGAGUGUGGUCGUGUGGACUACCAGGCACUUGGUGAAAUUCGUGAACCAACGUGGUGUCUCUGCUAGUCUCAACAAUACUGGUACCAACAUGGCGAUUCAAAUGAGAACGACCAUCGUUUCUAUUUGAAGCAAAAUACUCGGUCAGUGCCCAGAAGUACCGCCUCGCACGCUCGUUCCUCGUGUCACCUUGAAAGUUGUACGUCUCGCAUCGAUCUUUUUGUUCGAUCUUGUCGUGUUCACCAGCUAAAUAAAAUACUUUGCGUUUU